AUGGACAAUUGCCCCAAGUGUAAUGUAAAAAAUAAAUAUCUUUAUUGGUGUCUUCAAUGCCUCUCCCAAUAUUUUCAAGCUGAGUUUUCUAACUGGUCAAGUGGUAAUCAAAUUAUAGACAAAUUUAUUCAAGAAAUUCAACUUAAUGCAACUGAAUGGGCGCAGUACUUAGAGUGGAUUCCAUACGAAAGACUAGUUAAUGUCCACUAUUUAGCAAAAGGAGGAUUUGGGAGUGUCUAUUCUGCAACAUGGCUGGAUGGACCGAAAGCCUGUGAUCGAGAUAAGAUCGAAAUUUUUUGUAGAAAAGAAAACCAUCCUGUUGCUCUUAAAAGUAUUAAUCAUUCAGGACCAGCCAUGGAAGGAUUCUUUUCUGAGCUUAACAUUUAUAUUGAAGCAAUGAAAAGUUUUGAUGGAUAUAAUGAUCUUCUAAGAUAUUAUGGAAUAACCCAGAACCCAGAAACAAAAGAAUACAUGAUGGUAACACAGUUUGCAAAUCAAGGUUCACUACGUGAUUCAUUAAAUAAGUCGUUUGGAAAUAAAAUGUUAUGGAAAACUAAACUUUAUCUCCUUAUGAGAAUUUCAACUGCCCUCAUUACAAUACAUCAAGCUGGUCUUGUUCACCGUGAUCUACAUAGUGGUAACAUACUGUUGGAUGACGACGAUGAAGACUCUGCUACAAUUCUCGCACCUAUGACAAGAGUAAGCGAUCUUGGCUUAACUUGUCAAGGAUUUAAUAAUAGAACAUAG